UCAGAAUGUAUUUCUACAGUCUUUGCCUGAUAAUGUCAUUAUGGAAGAUAUCUGAGGCCGUCUUUACCUUUCAGUGUCCUGUUCAAUCCCACUGGAAACAUAGAACAGAAGCGCACUGUGGGCUUGCAGAUAGUUAUUUUUGCUUGUUUGAUCGGUUUCGGAAUGAUCAAAACUUUACUGAAUUUUGCAGAGGAAAUUCAGAUUUUGAAGCACCAGGACAAAAACUUAUAGUUGCUGGGUCAAUUAACGGGACACUACAGGGAGCUCCUUGUGAAAAUGAUUUCUAUCAACCUUUUAAAUUCCUGUCUUCUGGGAACAGUCGCUGUGCUUAUAAAAAAUCUUACUGCAAUGAAGAAGGUCAAGUCAUUUACGGAAAUGGGACACAGAUAACGGAUAGUGUAUGCCGCUGUGAUUAUACGAGGGGUUUCAAUUUUAUAAUCCGACCAAAACAUAGAUGCUACUGUGUACCAUCUGAUGAAGAUUGUUCCUGUUAUUCUAAGAUAUGUCCAUAUAAUUACAUUUUAUCACCAGAUUAUGAAUGUCUUAAUGAGAAUGAAUGGAAAACUAGCUUUGACUGCAAACCAAUUGAGACUGUAAUGUUGCCUGGAAGUUCACAGAUUCCAUCGAUUGUCAAACCAUCGUUAAGACCUCAUGCAGAAG